AAAAAAUACAAAUUUUGUGUAAUUUUCCAAAGAAUAUGUGGUAUUUAUCUAAAGGCUAAUUAGUUUUCUCAUAACCAAAAAUAAUCACUUCACUUGAUGCUUUGCUUCUUCUAUUCACUCACAUUGAGUUUACACUCUUUUCCUUCUCCGAUCAAAAACAAGUCUCAUCCCAUUUCUAAUCACCAUUAGCUUUGUGGUUUUCCGUCCAGUCACAGCCAAAAGCUUGGUGCUUUACACCAUUAUUGGUUACAAAGGUUCAGAUCAGUUUGGUUCUACUCAGGCUUUUGUUACUGAUGCUAUAGUUAGUCAUGGUGAUGAAGGUGCUUGGUUCUUGGAUAACGGCUCAACUAAUCAAUAUCACAGCUGAGUAACAUAAUCUAACCAUUGCAAAAGCCAAAAUUCACCAUUGGUAAUUGCUCUGACUUUCCAAUUAACUAUGGCUUGGAGCUUUGUUUUCUCCAAGACAAGACCUUUAAACACCUCAACUACCUUCACCAUCUUCAAUCUCAGACCCUACCUUUCCAUCUUCACUUCUGAUUUCUCCACCUCCUUCCUUGUCACAAAAACCCCACAAAAAUUUAAGAAGCGAAAGAAGAAGGAAAGUCCUCGAACUACACUAGUCCAAACAGAGCCCAACCGAAUUCCAGCGCUUGAACGCAUUGUUGAGCGUGAUGCCUUCUUCCGAUUCCUCAUCAAAUCCAAGGAGUUUCUCUCCAAGCAACCCCAACAUGUUCUCCGCCUUGAUGAUGCUGGAAAGCUCUAUCGUGAGCUUGGAUAUCCCCGAGGCCGAAAGGUUGCUCGGUUCAUCCAACGCCAUCCUCUAAUUUUCGAGACUUAUCGCCACGAUGAUGGAAAAAUGUGGAUUGGAUUCACUGAUUUCAUGGAGGAGCUUCUGGAAGAGGAGCGAUCAGUUAUGGAUUCCAUGGAAAUCGAUAGGGUUGAUAAGGUACGAAAAUUGCUUAUGAUGUCUGCCCAGAAGAGGAUUCCAUUGAGCAAGAUUUAUCAUUGCAGGUUGUUGUUUGGAAUUCCUGAAGAUUUUAGAGACCGGGUUGCAAAAUACCCGAACUACUUUCGUGUUGUGGUUGAAGAUGGCGGGAAAAGAGUUCUUGAACUGGUUAAUUGGGAUCCAAUGCUGGCUGUGAGUGCACUCGAAAAAGAGUUCAUGGUAGAUGAAGAUAAGGUUAAGAGGGCAUUCAAGUUUGCUGUGAAACACAGCAAGGAUUUGGACUUAGAUGAAGACGAUACGAGGAAGCUCAACUUGUUGAAUACACUUCCACUUGUAUCUCCUUACUCGGACGGUUCAAAAUUGGAUCUUUGGACAUUGGAAGCAGAGAAGUACAGAGUUGGAGUCCUUCAUGAAUUUCUUAGCUUGACAUUAGAGAAAAGGGCUUCCAUACACCAUGUUGUGGAGUUCAAAGAAGAGUUUAGUUUGACUAAGCAUACCUAUCAAAUGCUUUUGAAACAGCCUAGAACGUUUUAUCUCGCCGGAACUGAGAUGAACUGGGUUCUGUUCUUGAAAGAUUCUUAUGAUGAGAAUGGUGUAUUGAUAAAUAAAGAUCCACAAGUGGUUUUUACUGAGAAGUUGUUUAAGUAUGCUCAAAUGCAGGAAAGAUAGAUAUCCUCGAUUCUUCGAAUCACUAUAUGACAAACAUCGAAGCAGAGGGACUCUAACCAAAAACGACUUAUAUAAGAUCAAGUUAUUUCGGAAAUUUAAACAAAAAAUACAACUUUGAGACUACCUCAAACGAGUCACAGUCUUAUGUUUUGUUGGACAUGAAUUAUCUAAGUAGAAAUUAUGUUGGGCUCAAAUCCAUGUAGAAAAUAGCAACAUCAUUUUUAUUCCCCCUACCGGUAGGGGCAUUUCUAUUUUUAGCGCUUAGAGAAAUUAUAAUUAAAUUUUUUUAUAUGAUUGUGUACAUUGUAGUUACAGUAGAUUUUCUACUUGUUUUUCGAAAAAUUUAAAAUAAUUUAUGGUAUUGAAAAUAACGUUUAAAGAUUCAA